AACACCUUGGCUGCACCUAGAAAUCCUGUCCAUAAAGGUUAUGAACAGAAUCGGUGACAAAGGGCAGCCUUGGCGGAGUCCAACUCUCACUGGAAACAAGCCCGACUUAUUGCCGGCAAUGUGGACCAAGCUCUGACACCGGUCAUACAGGGACCUAACAGCCCGUAUCGGAGGGCCUGGUACCCCAUACUCCCGGAGCACCCCCACAGAGACCGCUGAUGGACGUGGUCAAAUGCCUUCCCCAAAUCCACAAAACACAUGUAGACUGGCUGGGCAAACUCCCGUGCACCCUUCAGGACCCCCUAAGGAUAUAGAGCUGGUCCAGCGUCCCACGGCCCGGAUCAAAACCACAUUGUUCCUCCUGAAUCAGAGGUAAAAAAUAAAGAUGUUAAUAAAAUUCUGAAUUGAAUUCAAGUUUUAGUAUGUUCUUUAUUGAAAGUGGUUAAUUAAGGAAUGGCAUAAAAUGGACAAGACUUCACUUAAAAUAUAUUCUUGAUAUUUUUCAAUAAUUAUUGAUAUUAGUCAAUAUGAAUUUAUUUUUUAUCGAUAUGCUUUUGUUCUACAUCAUCCAGCCCUAGGCUGAGCGAUCGUUUGAGCCUGUGAGGAACAUCGGGUUGUUUUUCUUUUCAUAUUGCAGCUGUGGCUACAGUGUAGCUCAUCACCACCAGUGGUUGUGUAAAGCACUUUAAGUACAGCUCAUUAAUCCUUUGUAGGUUCUGCGCCUCCUGUUUGGGUUGGAUCUAGUCUUCUGUUGCUCAGGGUGGGUGAGUUACUCCUGAAGCUUUUCAGCUGCUCUGCUUUGUGCCGCUCCAGGUCCAGGGCAUGUCCUUCAUCGCUGCGGUUCUGAUCCUGAACCUGGAGGAGGCCGAGGCCUUUAUCACCUUCGCCAACCUGCUGAACAAACCUUGUCAGAUGGCUUUUUUCAGAGUGGACCACGAGCUGAUGUUGAAAUAUUUUGCAGCCUUUGAGAUUUUCUUUGAGGAGAAUCUUCCACAUCUCUUCAGUCACUUCCUCACCAACAGCUUGACCCCUGACCUUUAUCUGAUCGAUUGGAUCUUCACUCUGUACAGCAAAUCCCUCCCUCUGGACGUGGCGUGCCGGGUUUGGGAUGUGUUCUGCAGAGAUGGAGAGGAGAGCUUGUUUCGGACUGGUCUGGGUAUCCUGCGUCUCUACGAGGAGGUCCUGAUGCAGAUGGACUUCAUCCACAUCGCUCAGUUCCUGACCCGCCUCCCGGACGACCUGCAGGCCCAGAUGCUCUUCAGCGCCAUGGCUAACACGCACAUGAUCAGCAGGAACCGCCGCUGGGCUCAGGUCUUUUCUGCUGUGAUGAAGGAUGGAGGCAACAAAGAAGUGGAGAAGACUGGAAGUCCGGCUUUAAGAAGCUAACGCUGGCUAAAGCUAGUGGUGUCCCCCUGCCUCCAGCAGGAUGAAGAUCAGCCAGAUAUCCAGCAGCGGAGGACAUGGUGGUGAUGAUGACAUGUUCUGGGACCAGAACCAGGAGGCACCCUUCCACAUACACUCUAGCUGUAGGUGCUAACUAUCAGAAAAGACCAGAUGUAACUCGAGUUCCUCUGGCUCCCGAUGGUGGAAGUGUCAGGCUGUAACAGAUAAGAGCAGGAGGACUAGAGAAGGUUCCAGAGGUUGGAGGUCAAUACUCGGGAUGUGUGUGGCGUUUGUGUCGAACCCAGCGUUGAGUGAGUGUUUGACGGAUCCAGGUCUCCUCUCAGAGCACUUUAUUUAUGCAGCACUGAUCCACGGUGAGCACCGUAACCAGACACCUGAGCUGCAGCAGAUCCAGCUGACCCGGAGGGUUCUGAUCAUUCCUGUUACUGCUUCUACCACCAAUCAUGGAGUCACUUUAGUUAUGUUUGUUUCAUCUCAUCUCAAAAAUCGGUUCCAAACUAGAACAAAAAUACCUUCAGUUCAGAACUCCGUCUUUCUGAUGCUCUGUGAGCGAUGCAGCUGAUGCUGGAGCCGAAACAUCGCGUCAUAAAUAAAUGGUUUAUUAACCUGGCCGGUGCCAGCUCUGAACUUCCUGUUUACACAAACAUAGGAACAGCUGAUGAAUUCAUGACUCAGCCCUUUCACUUGUGGCUUUUAUUCUGAAGGGCUAGUGAGACUUCCUGUCACUUUUUUAACCUGUUUGACUCUCCUCAGAUCUACUAACACUAGAAAUGUUCCUGCAGUGCCAUGAGCAGGAUUCUGAUGGAUAACCGGGGUUUAUAGCAGAGAACCCACCAAGGACCAGGAGGAGAUGGAGGAGAACAGGGGCGCUCCAGACAGCGAAGGGUGCUUCUACCUCCCAGUCUUGAAUAAAAUGUAAAUGAAUCUUCUACCAUAUCUGAACUCCCAUCGAUCAAAAGAUGCAUCAAAGUGAUAAAGUGUUCCUUUAGGUUCUCUGGUGGGUUCUCCAGCAGCGAGGAGUAGGAUAAGUCACGUUACUUGUUCUUCUGUUUGUCUACACUAAGUCCUCUCCUGGUUAUUGAAGAAACUUUAGUGUGAAUUUUAAAAUAAAACUCAACCAAAGCACUUAAGAGUAAACGCCUGGAAACAUAACUGUUUUCUAAUAUUUACAAACCCAACCAGAGUCAGAUUAACAUCCUCCAGACCACAAACUUUAACACGAGCUUGUGUUUAAUCCUCCAGAUUAUCUGGCUUCAGAUGAUGCAUUCAGAGAAUGUUUUAACAAACCAAAUCCUGAUUAUUUGACACACACACACACACACACACACACACACACACACACACACACACACACACACACACACACACACACACACACACACACACACACACACACACACACACACACACACACACACACACACACGUAGAGAUCAAGUCCACUUUUAGCCAGAAUCCUCUGCAAGACACUCCAUAAUUCCAGGUAGAUUACUGUGAAAAACAACAAUCUACCAAACACUUUAUUUAAAUGUUUUUGUUGCUAUUAUUUAAAUGCAUUGAACUGUUUUGUCUCAGUUUACUGUUGUUUGUCCCAUGAAGCCUUACAGUGGAUGUAAAUAAACUGUAAAAAUGUUCUUUAUAGCAGCCACUAGUUUAACGUGUAAAUAAACACCUGAUCAAAAACCA